AUGUUAUUGACAGCUAAAAAAUUACUGAACGAUAGUGAGAGGAAACAAAUCACUGAUGGAGCUGUGAGGGAGUGGCUUCAGGACCACAAAGACACAAUCUACGAUGCAGAGGACUUGGUUCCUGAGAUCAACGAUGAAGCUUUACGAUCCAAAAUGGAAGCUAAUCAAUCUAGAAGACGAAAAAUGCUGUUCAAGGUACGCAACUUCCUACCAUCUAGAUUCGAUGUUAAGAAAGUAGAAGAAAGGAUAAAGAAUAUAAUUAGCACCCAGCAAUUUAUUCUGGAACAAAAGCAUGGCCUUCGUUUGAUUGAAGGUGUCGAAACCAGACCUUUUCGAAGGAUAUCUGAAGCUACUUUGGUUAAAGAAUCUGAUAUUUAUGGGAGGGAUGCUGAUAAGGAAGCCAUCAUGAAGCUGCUGUUAUCUGAUCAUCAAGUGGGUGGUGACAAAAUAUGUGUUAUUCCCAUCGUUGGCAUGGGUGGGAUUGGCAAGACCACCCUUGCUCAGCUUGUUUACAGGGAUAUUGACAACAAAGUCAUGGAGACACCUUUUGAUGUGAAAGCAUGGAUCACAGUGUCUGAUGAAUCUGAUGUGUUUACCCUGACAAAAAUGAUUUAUCAGGCUGUAACUGAAUCAGAAAAAUGGAGUAUCACAGAAACAUUUCAACUUCAACAUAAACUGGAGCAGUUUUUGGAUGGGAAAAAAAUUCUCCUUGUCCUUGAUGAUAUAUGGAAUGUGAACUAUCAAACUUGGUGUGCAUUAAAGAUUCCAUUUGAUUCUGCUGCAAAUGGAAGUAAAAUCAUCAUAACAACACGCAAUGAAAACAUUGCAGCAAAGAUUGGUAAUGUCCCAAAGCAUGAACUGCAAAUGAUAUCGGAUGAAGAUUCUUGGCGGUUAUUUUCAAAACAUGCUUUCAGUAGUGUAGAGCCAAUAGCAUAUCCAGAUCUUUUGGAAGUAAUUGGUAGAAAAAUCAUAAAAAAAUGCAAAGGUCUACCUUUAGCAGUAAAGUCACUAGGUGGUCUUUUGCAUUCGGAACUAGAUCCCAAGGCUUGGGAAAACAUACUAGAGAGUGAUAUAUGGGAGUUACCACAACAUGAGAAUAAUAUUCUUCCAGCUUUAUGGUUGAGUUAUUACUAUCUGCCUCAACAUUUAAAACGAUGUUUUGCUUAUUGCUCAAUAUUUCCCAAAGAUUAUACAAUUGAAAAGGGAAAAUUAAUUAGACUUUGGAUGGCAGAAGAUCUUUUGCAACCCCAUAGAAACAAGCCACUGGAAGAAGUUGGAAAUGAAUAUGUUAAAGAUCUAGUAUCGAGGUCAUUCUUUCAUGUUUCCUCAUUUGGUGGACUUACCAUGCAUGAUCUUCUGAAUGAUCUUGCUCAAUUUAUAUCAGGAGAAUCUUGUUUGACGUUGGAUGACAACUACUCAUGGGGCCUUAUGACAAAAAAGACUCGUCAUUUAUCACUUUUGAGGUAUCAGUCCUAUGAUAUCAAGAAAUUAAGAGCUGGUUGUGAAAAUAAGGUUUUGCGCACUUUGCUAGUAUUAGAUGCUGGGUUUAUAUCCAAAGAACAAUACGACAUAAGUUUUACACAAUUGCAAUCAAUGCAAUACCUAAGAGUGCUUUCUAUGCCUAGAAAUACAUUUAGACAUAGGAAUCCUCUUAGUACAAAGGUGUUUGAUUCAAUUGGUAGUUUAACGCUUUUACGUUAUUUGGAUUUUUCUGGUUCUGAAAUUAAAGAAGUACCUGAUAUACUUUGUUCACUGCACAAUUUGCAGACACUAAUAUUGUAUUUUUGUCUUGAACUUACUCAGUUGCCUGAUACAAUUGAUAAUUUGCAGCAUCUAAGGUACUUAGACUUAUCUUAUAGCGCAAUUGAAAGGAUACCUGACACGAUAUGUAAUUUGCACGACUUGCAUACUCUAAAGUUGAAUGGCUGUAAGGAGCUUACUGUUUUACCAUCCAAUAUCACAAUGCUAAGCAAUUUGCAACAUCUCAACAUUUGGGGACAAGUUUAA